AUGACCGCCGACAAUGAUAGCCUUCUGAACGCCGUCUUCAGCGCGGUCACCCUGCCGCCGGUCUCCACCGUGUCGAGGGUGGAGUCUCAUCACGAGUCCCACGAGGUGCACGUCCAGAGUAGCCAGGUCUACUCCGCCACUGCCACCCACUUUGAGUCGCACACCUCCGAGUCGCACGUCAUCUCUGCCCACCAUCAGGAGCAGGCACACGUCGAGCAGAAGCUCGCCUACAUUCACGCCGACGACGCCGUCGUGUUCAAGCGGGACUCGCUUGCUUCUCAGCAAUCGGUGCCCCGCUCGAUUCGUGCUCGAUCGACCGCUUCUUCUGAAGCCACUUCCCAUACCUCGGAUAGCACGAUUACCAAGAUUGACUCGGCUUUGGCUCAGCGCACAACCCUGACGAUGGGCGGAAUCGGAUCAAAGCCGGAUUGGCCGGCCUCCGCCAACAGCCACCCCAUACCGCAACCUCAACCUCCAUCAGCCCCUCAGUCCCGUGCCCCAUCCGCCGUAUCCAGCCGAAAAUCUUCUGCCACCGCCCAGUCAAUCCACUCCCAUCACUCGACCCACUCGCACAACUCGUACCACAGUGUCGCUUCCGAUGAGAGCGAGUCGACGCUCAAGGAUGAGGAGCAUGCCGCACCGAUCCACAUCCAUGCCGUCGCCCCGCCAGCUCACCAUGAAAUCUCGGAGGAGAUUGUCCAUGAGGAUUCCACCGGUCACAUUGUCUACCGCGGCCAUUCGGAUGACAGUGAGGAAUACCCGCCCCAUGCUCCUCCGCCAGUGCCCGAGGAAGCUCCCCCACGUUCUCCACUACCCACUAAUUUGCUCAGCGAUCUGCGCAACCAUGCCCUCUACCGUCAGGCUAGGCCCGACGACGAGACGAGCACCACCAUCUCAGAGGCCCAUAUCGAAUCGGUGCUGGGAGGCCACACUAAUGGCUACCACGCGGCUUCCGACGAUUCUGAUUCCGAAUCCGAAAUCGGCGUCGUCGUCCUCCGCUCGGUCGUCAAGAAGGAUUUCGACUCGCACGAGGUCGUCGCCGUCGAAAACCCGGCUAUCCGCCGCCAGCCCAGCCACGUGAAGCCCCUUGACGAGAAGCUGAAGACCGAGCUGCAACAGGCCAUGCAGACCCGGGCUAUCGAGGACGACAGUGCUUCCUCGACCCUAUCCCACGAAUCCGAAGACCAUCACUCGCUCCACCACGAGGACCACGCUCACCAGGAGCCGAUCGUCUACCACUCGGCCCACCAUUCCGAACACGGCUACGUUGAGCCCCCUCCCGUUCAUCAAUUACCGGAAACCGCAGCCGCUUUUGCCGCCGUGGAGCUCUCCCACCCUCGUGAACCUCCAGCGGAGCCUGAGUGGGAGCCGCGUCGAUUUUCAAGCUCGUCCUCCAGGAAUUCUGGCUAUGAGCAAGCUGUUUUUGGAGAGAAGCACCACACCGAAGACGACGAAGGUACCCUCACCUCUCACGACGGAAUUCCGCCAGCCCGCGAUCUCCCGCUGCGUGAUGUUCUGACGAAACGUGACUCGCACGACUAUCCGAGCUACUUGCACGGAAGCGUCUCCUCCGCCACCUCCUCCCAUCUGACCGGCGUUUCUGGUCACCAGAAUCGCGGUCCGAUGACUGGGGCUUUCCUACACCGAUCGGCAGAUGGAUCGCAGCAGAUCCGGAUUGGCCAUGGAGCUCUGCCUCCACGCCGCGACACCGCGUCUUCCGUUGCCGCUUCAGAGAGCUCGACCGCUACUUAUCAGAGCCACAACGCCGCUCCAGUCAUCACCGGACCGUUGCCGCCCCAGCCACAACUUCCGGGAGGACAUCAGCGACCGAGGAACAUGUCGAAGGGCCAAUUCUCGACGGUCAGCUCGAUCGCUUUGAUUCCGAAUCUCUACGAUCAACCUCGUGUGACAGAGCCGUUGCGUUCUGUGCGUGCUGAUGAUGUUCUGCACACUUUGGCCAGGGAACAGCAACACUUUGAUCAACACCACCAUCAUCAUGACGCCCACCACGACCUACACCAGGAAGACCACCACUACAAUGCCUACGAUGAGGUGCACCACGAUGAUCAUCACGAUGAACCCGUGUAUGAUCACGUUCAUGAUGGCCACCAACACGAACACGAUCACCAUCAUCAUCACCAUGAACACCAUCAUGGCCACCACGAGCACCAUCAUGAUCACGAUCACCACGAGCAUCACCACGAGCAGCCGGCUCUUCCUCAGCAUCAGCCGAAGGCCCGCGAGCACUAUGAUUCGGUGUGCUCCGACGGCUUCGUCCACGUCAAACGUCCGCUUCGCGGCAAGAAGGAAUAUCACCUACCCCUCGGCGAUCACUUCGUCCUGAAGGAGGGCGUCAACACGCUGCGUGGACGCUGGGAAAACCGUAACUUCCACCACGAGGAUACUGAUGACGAGUACGCCCGUACCCUCGGCAACCUCGACAAGGCCCUGCACUCUCACGCUACUUCGACGAUCCAGAGCAAAUCCCGUGCAUCAACAAACGCCUCGAACGUCUCCGCCUCGACCUGUGCCAGCAGCCAUGCGCAAUCUCAGGCGAAGAGCGCUGUUUCGGCUUCGUCGUGCGCUUCUAAGCACUCGCAGGCCAAGAGCGCCGUUUCCGCUUCCACCGCCACCGGAAGCGUCGUCAGCCAGCGCUCCAAGCAAUCGGCACCCGCUCUGAAGCAUGGUAUCAAGUCUCGCACGUCGACUCUCCAACAGAUCCACGAACACGAGGAGUUGAAGACCCCAGCAGUACUCCACUCUCUUACCGUCGAAGUCGGACAUCACGAUGGCCCGGUCCUCACCCAUACCCCGGUCACCUCACCCGCAUACAACGAUCGAUUCCAGUCGCUCCGCGUUGUCAAGAGCGUUCGUCAGUUUGUUCAGCAAAUCGACCAACCCGGCCAAAAGUCUCACGUAAUUGUGCCGGCCCCCAGGACCCACGUGCCGCCACCAGUCCCUGAGCCCGACUACGAUGAGGUUCACGAGCCAGUCGCCGCCGUCCGCACCCAUGCCGAGCGUCGCGAGAGUGUUCUUUCUGAUGCCACCUCAGUGUCGGUCAACUCGUCCGUUUCCCAGCAGUCCCAGCACCAUCAUCACAAGAAGUGCCUCGCCUGUCUUCGCAGUCUGCCGCCAACGCCGAAGGUCGGCAGCGUCGCCGGAAGCGUCGCUCACUCGGCCGUCCGUAGCCAUCAGGGCAAUGGAACUGUCGCCAGCCAUCACAGCCAUGGAAGCCGUAGGAGCCAGACCAACACCGCCAAAUCGAGCAAACGCUCGUCGGUCGACUCGCAGGCCACACUCACCAACAGCGCUGUCAACCACCAGAAUGGCCAUGCCGACCAUCAGUACCAUGAGCACCACGAGCACCACGUUGAGCACCACCAGAAGCCGAUGAGCCCGGCUUUUGAAGAGCCCGUUGUCACCGAGUACAAGGUCCGCGCCGAGACCCACGUGCUGACCGAUCUGGUUCCGCUGUCGCAGCGCCGUCAAUUCUUCGAGUCCACCGAUACGGAAAUCAAGCGCAACUUCUCGAUCAACCGCAAGAACGUCAAGCACGACCAUUUGCCGCCGAUGGUCAAUUUGCUCGCU